AAAAAAUUAUGCUCAACAAACUGAAGUUGAUGUGAUCCAACAAAAUGCACCACCUGCCAUAGAAAACCUCAGGAGAACGAGGAGUGCUCUGCUCGGGCCGGCUGCUAGGACAAAGCUGAGGGGCAGAGCGUGCUGGCCAUUCAGAGAGAGAGAGAAGCAGCUGCUACUAACAGAGGGGCAGCCAUGGGGUUCGGCGUGGUGUCCCUGCUCAACGCGGUGUUCCGCCGCAUGUUCACCUCGGCGGGCCUCCGCCCCGCCUCCGCCACCGUCGACGCCGACGACACCACCAUCCACUUCUGGGCCCACCCCUCCCUCCUCCAGCCCUCCUCGUCCUCGGAGCAGCAGCAGCCGCCGCGGCCGGUGGUGGUGCUGAUCCACGGGUUCGGCCCGGACCCGACGUGGCAGUGGGCGGCGCAGGCGGGCCCGCUGUCCCGCCACUUCGACCUGGUGGUGCCCACGCUCCUCUUCUUCGGGGCCUCCGCCACGCGCGCGCCCGCCCGCUCCGACGCCUUCCAGGCCGGCGCCCUCGCCGCGCUCCUCACGGGCGGCGGCGGCGCGAGCAGCAACCUCCCGGGCCUCGGCGCCGGCCGCACCGUGCACGUGGUCGGCACCAGCUACGGCGGGCUCGUGGCGUACCACCUGGCCCGGGAGCUGCACCGCCGCGGCGGCGGCGUCCGCGUCGGGAAGGUGGCGCUGUGCGACUCGGACGCGUGCAAGGGCGCGGAGGACGACCGCGCGCUGGCAGCGAGGAGCGGCGUCGCGGAGGUGGCGGAGCUGCUGGCGCCCGCCGACACCCGGGCGCUGCGGCGGCUGAUGGCCGUCUGCGCCCACCGCCCCGUCAAGUACAUCCCCGAGUGCCUCCUCCGCGACAUGCUCCGGAAGUACUUCGGGGACAAGAGGGAGGAUAAGAUAGCGCUCAUCAAAGGGAUCACCACCGGGGAAGGCUUCCAGCUCGCUCCUCUGCCUCAGGAGGUCCUGAUCAUCUGGGGCGAGUUCGACCAGAUCUUCCCGGUCGAGAAAGCGCACAAGAUGAAAGAGAAGCUCGGGGAGAAGGCGACGGUGAGGGUGAUCCCGAACACGGGGCACCUGCCGCAGCAGGAGGAUCCCAAGCUCUUCAACCAAACCCUCCUCGACUUCCUGCUGCACCCAUCCGCCUCCAACGGCAGCGCCGCCGCCAAAUAGCGCGCGCCAUUCGCGCCACCUUGAUGCUGCGUGCAUCCGGUGAUCGUUCGUGGAGAUUCUGCCUUCUCUUUUUUUGCCCCCCAGCCGGUUUUGAAAUGCAGAGGCAAUGCAGGUUGCUGUGUUUUACCAAGGUUUAGGGAGAAAGGUGAAAGGACGCAGCCUUGCUUUUUUCCAAUCUUUUUUCUUUUUCUCUGCGAGCAGUUAAUAUUUUGGAUCGAUGUCACAAAGUCUGUUUGGAUCGGAUGCUGCCUCCAUAUACCGAUGGGGCAGUUCUUUCUGAAGAACACUAUUGGGCCCUCUUAGGGCUUUGUUCAGUCGGAUGGACCUGUGAGGUGAAAGCCAGAGAGCCCACCACCCAUGCACUGAAGUUUGAAGCUUUCGUCUGUCAUGUUUGUUUCAGUUCGAGACUGUAGUCGUCAUACCUCUUACAAUCACAAGAUGAAACAAACAAGCAGCUUCUCACUUCGGAUUGUAACAAUCAUCCUGAUGCAAAUUUUUCGUAAUCCAAAGAUCCGCCUCCUCCAUGCU